AUGGCUGAUGAUGGAAAUUUUGAAGGCGAAGAUGAAAACAUUUUGUACGAUUUACUCAUCAAUACCGAAUGGCCGCCCGAGACGGACACUCAGUUGCGAGGUAACAAGGAGCAUAACACUUCUGUUAUUGCAAAGGCUGUGACAGGACCAUUCCGGUUCAUCUUACACUAUUUAUGGUACAGCCCGUCGAGCUCCUCUCUGCCCCCUGGUCUCAUUCGCCUGGCCAACAAACAAAUCAACUGGCAGCUGGUGCUAGCAAGUAAUGGCAAACUGUUGGCGGUAGUUCAGGACCAGUUCGUGGAGAUUAGGUCUGUGAGAGAUGACUUUGGAUCUGUCAUUGGGAAGUGUCAGGUGCCAAAGGACCCAAGCCCUCAGUGGCGCAGGGUGGCAUGGAGCCAUGACUGUACCCUGCUGGCCUACGCUGACAGCACCGGAACAGUCCGCCUCUUCGACCUGAUGGGCAGUGAACUCUUCGUCAUUCCCCCGGCGGUAAUUUUCCCAGGCGAUUACAGCUAUGCUGUGGCAGGCCUAAUCUUCCUGGAGUACACAGCCAGUGCUCAGUGGUCAGCUGAGUUGCUUGUCAUCACCUAUGGGGGCGGACUAAAGAGCUACCUGGUCAGUGUGGGAACAAAUCAGAGUUUCCAGGAGAACCAUAGCUUCAGUUUCGCCACCCACUACUCCCAUGGGAUCACUUCAGCUAUAUACCAUCCUGGCCACCGACUUCUGCUAGUGGGGGGCUGUGAAUCGGGGGAUGAUUAUGCGUCCAAGGCCUCUCACUGUGGGAUCACAGCCUGGCGUGUUCUGUCUGGCUCGCCACACUACAAGCAGGUCACCAGCUAUGAGGAUGACAUCAGUGUAACCCAGAAGAGAGGUUUCUUUAGGAUUCCAAGUUUCAGGUUAUUUUCCAGACAAGGAGAUGAACAGGACGGUAUAUUCCGUAUGAGUCUGAGUCCUGAUGGGACCCUACUGGCUGUGAUCCACUUCUCUGGUCGUCUCUCUGUCUGGGACAUCCCUGCCCUCAGACAGAGGGCCAUGUGGAUCCAAGAACAACAGCCAGGAUUUGAGGAGAUCAACCCAGAGUGGAAAACUUCACUCGAAAAAAGAAAGAAAAUAAGAGACAAGGAGCUGUACUACCCACUGGUGGAUGUGAGUUGGUGGAGUGAGAGUGUGUUGAUCCUGGCACGCUGCUCCGGCUCUGUCACGGUGUCUUCAGUCAGGGCCCUCCGCAACCUCCUGGGCAAAUCUUGUGAAUGGUUCGAACCUUCACCACGUGUCACAACAGCAUACGAUGGAGGCUUUCUCAGCCUUGAGUGUGAGGUGCGGCUGGCCCAGAAGCGUGGCCGCCUGGAGAGCAGCCUGAGCAGCGGAGUCAGCGAGGAUGAGGAGUGGGAUGACGGCGGGGAUUCAGACUCUGACGAGGAGGCCUCGGCCAAGGCCCGCUACUUCGGCUACGUCAAGCAGGGCCUAUACUAUGCGACGGAGAUGGAGCGCUUUGCCCCACCACGCAAACGGCCACGCACCGUAGUCAAGAACUACCGACUGGUUAGCCUUAGGUCCACCACCCCAGAGGAGCUGUACCAGAGGAAGAUUGACAAUGAAGAAUAUGGCGAGGCCUUGUCCCUGGCACAAGCAUAUAAUCUGGACUCUGACAUGGUCUACCAGAGACAGUGGAGAAAGAGCACCGUCAGCAUCGCCUCUAUACAAGACUACCUGAGUAAAAUCCGCAAGCGGUCGUGGGUGCUGCAUGAGUGUGCGGAGCGCGUCCCGGAGAAUGUUGAUGCAGCCAAGGAGCUGCUUCAGUAUGGCCUCAAGGGAACUGACCUUGAGGCCCUCAUAGCUAUAGGCAACAGAGAGGAUGGGGGAAGGUUUAUUAUGCCAGGUGAUGUAGACCUUGAUGACCUCCCCUACGAGGACUUUGUUUCAGCUGAAGAAGAGCUGGAGAGGAAAAAAGAGAAGGAGAGCACAAAGAGACAAGAGCUGCUGGCCAAGGUCGACUUCAGCAGGCUGACUCUGGAGCAGAAGGAGCUGUGUCGAAGCAGACUGAAGCUCCUCUCCUAUCUGGACCGGCUGGCCACAUACGAGGAAAUACUUGGAGGUCCUCAUGUGGCGGAGCAGAGAUAUGACGCAGAGUUCUUCAAAAAGUUCCGAAGUCAGAACAUUGUUUUGUCCGCAAGAAACUAUGCAAGGGAGAGUAAUGUGCAAGCCCUGGACAUUCUGUUCACUUACCAUGGUGCAGAGCUGCUCCAACAUCGUCUGGCUAUUCUUUACAACUUCCCCGAAACCACAUCUCCACAUGAGUACAUCAUCCUGCUCCCGGAGGCUUGUCUUGAUGAAAAUGAGGAAUUGGUGUUGAUCCCGUGGGAUGAGCAGAGACACAGAGAGAUGGAUUGGUGUGAGGCAGAGGAGUGCAGAGCGGUGUUGGACCAGAACCUGUGUGAUGACGAUAGCUUCCUGUAUGAGCAAGCUCCAGAGAUGCUGCGAUUCUGUACUGCUACACCCUCUAUCCAGCUGCUGACUGACUGGUACCUGAGCAGAGCCCAGGACAUUGAGUCCUGCUCCAGACAGGUGGACUGUGCCUUGUCGUUAGUGCGCCUGGGGAAGGAGCGGGAGAUCCCGAGCCUGGAGCUGCUGUGCGACGACCUGGUCACCAUGGAAACUCUGGUGUAUGAGACGUCUUGUGAGCUGAGUCUGACGCUGAAAAACCUGCAGCAGCUCAGCAACAUCCACAAGCUCCGCCUCCUCAUGCAAAACUCCAGUGUGGAGCACUACGUGAAGGAUGCCUUCCAGUGGAUGGUGCCAUUCUUGCACCGCUGUGAAAAACAGACGGCGGGCGUAGCGAAGGCUCUGGUCAGAGAGUAUUUGGUCAGUCUGGCGCAGCAGGACCUCACCUUUCCCCUGAUCAUCUUCCAGCACUCAAAACCUGAUUGCCAACAGAAGAUCAUUGGGGACCCAGACCAGCUGAUGGCGGUGGCAUUGGAGUGCAUCUACAGCUGUGAGGGAGACGACCAGCUCAGCCAUUGUUAUGACAUCCUGGAGUGUCUGCCUCAGAGAGGCUAUGGGCCAGAGACUGACAUCACCUCAUCACUCCAUGACCAAGUGGACAAACUUGAGAAGCACCUCAGUGUGGCUGAGGUAUUGGAGAAGCAUGGUCUUCAGAAGCCCAUCUCCUAUGUAAAGAGCACCCAGAGCAGUGAGGAGGAAGCUCACCAGCUGAUGGUUAAACUGUGCCGCCACACCGGACGCAAAAACCCUGCAGUCAGUGAAAUUGUGUGGAGAAGCCUGCUGCAGGACCUGCUGGACAUGCAGCAGAAUGUGUACACCUGUCUAAAACCAGACGCCUGUCACCAGGUCUUUGUGGAGUCUCUGUUGUGUUCUAGCCGUGUGGAGAACGUCCGCCUGGCGGGGCAGCUGAUGCAGUGCUCGCAGGUUGACUAUGAUGUGCCAGUGAGUUUGUCCUUCCGGGGCAAAGGUCAUGCUCUGAGGGUUGCCUACGACAGGAGCGUGGAGCUGGUGCUUGCUGCUGCCCGAGAAUACUUCAACUCCUCCACUACACUGACAGACCCGUGUAUGGGCCUAGCCAGGGCAUGUCUCCAGCUGAUCACAGACUGUGCUCCGGCCAUCCAGGAGGAGCUAGACCUCAUCAGCGCCCUCUGCCAGCUGGAGGACUUCAGUGUCAGCAUCCUACCAUUGCAGGUGCGUUUGCGGUCAGAUCAUCUGUCUCUGGUGGAGGAGUGCAUCUCCCAGUGUCCGACAGCCUACAAACAGUCUGCUACGCUGCUGAAUCUGGCCUCACUUCUUCGAGUGGCAGGAGAGGAUGAGGCAAGGCGUAAAGGCCAAGUGUUGACCCUGCUGGCGGUGCAGGCUCUGCAGUGUUUGGACUUUAAAGCCUCCUACAUCCAUUGUCAGGACCUCAUGGCUGCAGGUUACAGUCCAGCCUGGGAGGUGUGCAGUCUACUGGGCCAGUGUGAAGGCUAUGAGGACCUGAACGCCCGCCAGGAGCUGCUGGCCUUUUCCCUCACCCACUGUCCCGCCAAUAACAUCAACAGUCUACUGGCUGCCUCCAGCGACCUGCAGACUCAGGUGUUGUACCAGAAGGUCAACUUUCAAAUAGAGCCUGCUUUUAACCAGACUGGGCGAGAGGCCGAUGAAAUGGAUUCUCCCCAGGCCAGCACUCCUAGUGCGGGCUCUCCUGUGGGGACAGCAGGGGACUUACUCCACAGGACAACAACGAAGACCAUGGAGGUGCUGACCAGCACGGGCCUGACCACCAAGGCUGUAUUGACUGCAGUCAGUGACCAUCACUGGUGGAAGCACUCACUCGACUUUCUCCGGCCUCUGCAUGGUCACGGCACAGACUCCAGUAACCAGGAAGGGGUGUGUGAGAACUCCUGUCUGGACAGACAGGGUUGCGGUCCCUUCUAUCAGGAACUCUUUGAUGAUCCCUAUGUGGACCCAAGCCAAGAUGUGUAUUCUUCCCACGAUCCCAUACCUCCAGAGAGCUUCGCUGAGGUUUUGCUGAGGACGGGCAAGCUGGCAGAAACCAAAACUGAAGGGGAGACCCCGUUUCCUGCAACAGAGGUUUUGCUGCAGCUGGCUAACGAUGCAUUUCCCAGGGACACGACGCUGGCUUUGUCCUACUUACUAGCCCUGCCUCAGGUGUUGGAUGCAAACAGGUGUUUUGAGAAACAGAGCCAUUCUGCGUUGUCCCUCCAGCUGGCUGCGUACUACUAUUCCCUGCAGAUCUACACCCACCUUGCCCCUUGCUUCAAGGAUCAGACCCACACCCUCUACCAGGCCGACCCUAAGGAGCUGAUUCAGUUGGUCACGCAGCACGUGUCGAAGAGCUCCGCUUGGCCGGAGGAGCUGGAGAAGCUGAUAAGCCAGCUGCAUGUGUACAACGAGCGUCUGACUGACUUCACCCAGGCCCAGGUGUUACAGGGGCUGGGUCGGGGGGUGGACGUUCAGCGCUUCAGCUCCGACCUUGACUACAAGAAGGAGACCAUCCUCGGCCUGGCAGAGACCUUGGAUGACAGCGUGUACAGAAUCUCUCUGUCUCUGGCUCAGCGCUACAGUGUUCCUCUGUGGGAGGUCUACAUGACUCAUCUAGAGUUUCUCUUCACAGAUAGCGGUCUCUCCAUAAAAGACAUUGAGUCCCGGAGCGAGUCCCUAGGCCUGUUUGAGACUCUUAAGAAUGACCCCCAGGCCUUUUACAUUCACAUGACCAAGUAUGUCCUGCCCAGUGUGGAGGGCACAGACUUGGGUCGCCUGCUGUCCUACUACACCUUGCUGGAGGCUGCCGGUUGUGAGCCCUAUGUGACGGACUUUAUCAAACCCGGUUCCCAUGUCAAGCUGCUCAAGAAGCUCCGCACUAUAGCCAACGGGCUGGACUAUCAUAAAUUGACUGAUGAAUCGUCGGAUCCGCUGUCAGCUCUGGGGCCGGUAUUGACCAGUCAGAACGUGCUGUCCGUCUCAAAGCUAGCCAACCGACUGCCUGUGCCUGGCGGAGGAGGGGCAACAGUCUCCCCCAGUGCUGUUCAUAAAGUGUGGCUCCAGAAGCUGUUCUGGAAAGGGGAUCCCCAGAUCUUGAAGAGACCCCCACAGACAGACCAAGAGUUCCUCCACGCCUAUGACACCUGUGCCAAGUACCUAGACAGGCUGGUCCCUGAUGAUGCUGUCCACUUCCUGGAUGGCAUCACCUUCUCCUCUGAGGCUGCCAGUCAUCUGAGCGUCCAGACACGGGCGGAGGUCAUAAAGCGAGCCACCAAAGUCUUGCGCCAGCUGGGAGACAAAAGCAGAAAGAGGGGAAGCGAUGACACCACAGCGCAGGAGGGAACCAAGCCAGCGGGGCUGACUUUCGAUCAGGCCCUGGCCCACCUGCAGCAGUCGCAGGCUCACCUGGAGACUCUUGGCCACGCCUUGAUCCUGUCACUCAAGAACAGCCAGCAGGAGAAGUUGCAGGCUUACAGCCAUGCUUAUGACCUGUCCCGCUCUGAAAGGUCAAAGGUCCACGAGCUCGUAGUCACCAUGGCAACAGAUGGACAACCACUGGAAAGAAUCGCAGAGCUGCUGGAUGUGGCUGUGGGACCAUUACACCUGUCUGUCCAAACUGUACUACAUGACGCAGUCGAGAGAGUGGUGGCAGCACUCAGUGGACAACCAGACACUGUGACAAAUUACCCACAACCCCUCAGGGUCCUGGAAGCCAUGGUGACGGCAGUGCACAACAGCGUACAGAGCGGUGACAGCUUCGUGAGUUCAGAUGACCUGCUGUCGUGGCUGCGACCAUUUUGCAGUGAUGCAGAAUUGCCGGUGCGUCCCCGUAUUGAUGUGCUGCAGAUCCUGGAGAACAACUUCAGCCUCCGAGACAGCGAUGUUCGCCUCCUUCUCCUCUACAGGACCCGGGCUGUGCUUAAAGACAGACAGGUCGAGAUUGAGGAUGUAGAGAGCGAGGAGAAACGAUCUGCGCUUUUCCUGGAGCUCCUGCAGGCUGCUCGGAAGUGGGAGGACUUUCAGCUGCUCAUGCUCCUCCUACAGGCAUGGCCGCCCAUGAUGAAAGAGGAAGUGGCGGUGUCAGAGAAUAACCCAUGGGUGGUGUUGACCUCAGCCCUGUUGACCCACUGCAAGGAAUCAGAGGUCAAAGUCGAUGUGGGCCAGCAGGUUGUCACCAUGGUGCGGUCAUUGUAUAGCACCAAGCAUAAGCUCUCUGCACAGUGUGUUGGACACAUAGCCAUGCUGCUCCAAAAUCAGCAGGGGCUCCAGCAGCCGGCACUCAAACUGAUGGCUGAGAGUGGGGAGGAUCACCUGCUCCAGUUGGCCCUGGAUCAGAUCAACAGCAUGACUGAGGCGACUGCCUCCACCUGCGAUGCAGAGCUGCUGUCUCUGCUCCUGGAUGCCGGCCUGCUCGUGGGCUGCGUCUCCUCCACCCUCUACCCCCUUCUCAGCACCCACCUCCUCGCCCACCGGCAGGAGGCGGGCUGGGAUGUGGAGCGAGUCGCCUCAGAGCUGCUGGCGGCAGGCCACAGGCCCGAGGCUGGCUCGCUGCUCCUGGCUCACCGCGGCACCCACCAGGGCCAGUUCACCUUCAACUCUGCGCUGGCCGUCGUCAGGAAGUGGCUGUGACGGGGCAGGACGGCGAGGUAACCUGGUGUGCGGCAAAGGGACUGACGACUCUCAUGAAGACGCUUGAGGAAACGGAGGGAUGAGGUGUGAGGAAAGAGCGAUGGAAACUCAGCUGUGGGUUUGUCCCAAGAAACAGCUGAGGAAAGGGGAACAAGAGAAAGACCUGGUUCAAGUUCGCACCCCCUGCAAUAAGGCCUUUGGGCCUUUGAUUCAUCAUUGAUUGAUUGUUUCAAGUCAAUUGCUGUUUAAAUGUCGUUUUCAUCCCAAAUUGCACUGGCAUGCACUCAUGUAUGUUUAGAUAUAUUCACUCCCAACUUGCACAUACUAUAUACACUCGAACUCUCGCAGUUCAGUUCAGUUUUUCAACUCAAUGUAGUCAUGCUUUACUGGCACGACUGCCAUUCAUUACAGUGUCGCCAAAGCAGGUGACUGUGAAAUAGGUUAAUAGAGUAUUAAACGACAAUAAAUAAAUAGAUUGAAAUAAAUGGAAAAAGGAAUAGGUAAAACUGGUAGAAAUAUAGAAUAGUAUUUGAACAAUAAUUGACAGUGUUUUGGUCACUCGCUGACCCUUAGGCUAUGGCAUUCUGACACACAUUGUGCCACAAGGUGGGCCCUUUGGCCCUCUCCUAAAAUAAGUGGGUGUUGCUCUUCCUCAUCCAGGAGUAGAAUAUCUGGAAUCUGGUUUUCAAAUUUCUCCUGGUAUUUUUCUCUUAUGUUCUGGAAUUUCUCACAAUUUAGGAGGAAGAGCAUCCCUGUCUUGACCUCACCGGCCAUACAGUGACCACAUAUCUCAAAAUCUCUCUCUUUUUGACAAACACACACACACACACACACACACACACACACACACACACACACACACACACACACAAACAAACCACAUACCGACACCCAGCUGUCUCUCAAUCAAUACUUGCUGUUCACAGCACAGCCUGAUCAGUAUUUGAGAGGAUAUUGACAAUACUGUGUGUGUGUGUGUGUGUGUGUGUGUGUGUGUGUGUGUGUGUGUGUGUGUGUGUGUGUGUGUGUGUGCGAGAGCAUAUGUAUCUGUCCCUGUCCCCAUGCGUGGUGGUGUGUGUGUGUGUGAGCAGGUGCGUGUUUGCCGUCUGUCUCAUUGUGUGGUAAGCUAAUCGAGCAGUGGCUGGGAAGCAGUGGGUGGAUAUUAGCCUGUUGUUCCGUAACAGCUUUUCCUUUUUCGGCGUUCCAUCGUUAAACUCCCUGCCUCUGUUCAAUUGUUUUCCCCUAAUAAUGUCUAAUUAAUUCCUUCUAAACAAAUCCACCCCACUGUGUGUGUGUGUGUGUGUGCAUCUGUACAAAUAUAUGGGCAAUGAAAGUGGAAAUAUAAUGCUGAAUUAAUGACAUUGAAGAAUGACUGUAUGUGCGUGUGUGUAUGUUUGCGCAUGUUGUGCGUGACUCGGCUUGCUGUCAGUUCUUCGCUGUCUCGCUUCCCCUUCACAAAAGCUUAAUUAAUGCUAUACCUGUCCUUCCUUGCCUGGAAAUAAAGACGAAUCAAAU